AAAUGGCUGCACCCUUAAAAAUGCUAAAGUCUCAAAGUCCAUGUUGCUAUGUACUUGAUUUAGGUCUAAUUAAUUAAAUCUAGAAGACAUAUGCAUCUAGAUCUAGAGGAUCUGGUAGUGUAGAUGUUUUUAGGUUUUAUUCUAGAUCUACAUUCAUUUCAUUCAAUAAAAUUCAUACAAGUGACAUAAUCAUAAUGGCCGCUGUUUUGAAGCACUGGCGAGAAGCUGCAAGUCUAAUACUUGUAACUUCGAACAGUGCCAGACUUGGCACACAACUGACUCAAUUAAAUUUAACUGCAGCCCAUGAUUCAGCUGCUAAACGUUUUAAUAAUGGCUCUAGUAAAAAUGAUGAAAUUAAUAUUCAAUCAGACGCAGGUGAAAAUUUUGAAGUGCUGAUGUUAAAACGAAGUAGUAAAAGUAAAUUUAUGCCCAAUGUUUAUAUUUUUCCUGGGGGUGUUGCUGUAGACAGCGACUUUUCUUCAAAGUGGCUUUCUGUUUUCAACAAAAUGGGUUCAGACAUUUGCAAGAAAAUGUUUGAGGCCAUGUCCUCUAAGUCUUGUCAAGCUGCUCCAAUGUUUACUCGUCAAAGGGAUUCAGCUUUCACUUCUAUUCCCUCAGAAGUAGCCUUCCGUAUCUGUGCUAUUAGAGAAACGUUUGAAGAGUCUGGAGUACUCUUGGUACAGCCAGCCAAGCAAUUAUCCUAUCCUCCUGACUCAAUAUAUAAAAGUAAUGGUUCUUUAAGCACUGGAUUGAUACACGAAAAUGUCACCCUUCUCAGCGAUUGGCGUGAUCGAGUAAAUAGAGAUCCAAAUGAAUUUCUAUUAAUGUGUCAGGAAUUGGACUUAAUACCAGAAGUCUGGUCACUGUUUGAAUGGUCAAACUUUCUGACUCCCCCAAGAGACAUGAUGAGUAGCUAUCGAUUUGAUACUAUAUUUUAUGUGUGUUGUAUUGACCAUAAACCAAGAGCAUCACAUGAUUUUGGUGAAACAGUGAAUACUAUAUGGGGAUCACCAAGUUCUAUAUUGUCAGCUUACUUCAGGCAGAAGUCUGGCUUGGCACCCCCACAGCUGUAUGAAUUAGCCAGGCUAAUGAAUUUUACCUCAACCAGUGACCUUUUGGACAUUCUCUGUCAGCCAGAAAGGGACAGAGUAGAAAGAUGGUGUCCCCUCACAGUCGCUUGCCAAGAUGGUGUCUUAUUUGUAAUGCCAGGUGAUGACCUGUACCCUGACCAAGCUGACCUUAUGUCUAAAAAGGAAUAUAAAUUUGAUGAGAGCAUCGAAGCUCUAAAUAGAAAGUUUCCUAAACAUCACAGAAUGUUUUAUAAAGAUCAUGCCACAAUGGGCUGUGUUGAUUUCAAUGUCACAAUUAAACCCAGAAAAGGUCAUGUGGUUCCACGGAUAGACUUGCUGAAUAAAUUAAAGACAAGUUCUAAUCUGUAGGUUUUUUUUUUGUUUUCUUUUUUUGUUGCUUGCUUGAUAUCUAACAGGAAUAAGUUUUUAUCUAUUUUUUUUAGAGAAAUUCUUUGUUAUUUAUGUUAAUCAGGGAUUUAAGUACUACACAGACUAUUCUGAUCAGAACAUGAAUAACAUUUUGAAAACAAAAUAUUAUUUGUAUUAUUUUCAGCAAUUAGAAUGUUUUCUCUUGUGCCUGGGCAUUAUAUUAGUUUUUAAAAACUUUAAUGUUAUAAUUAAGUGCUUCAAGUGUAAUUGUAUGAUAAAUGUAUUAUUGCUACUUUUUAAAAAACCAUCUGUCCCGGAGAGUCUAUAAAUUUAGUGAUUCUACUAUUGUCAACUGGAAAUAUCCAUUUGUAAGAAAAUCUAAAUUCUCUUGUUUGGUUUUAUUCCAGUAUUUUAUGUGAUUUUCUAUUACUUAUUGAUUUUUGUUGUUGAAAAUUUCUAGCAAAAAAUAAAUAAAAAAUAACAUCAAGAAAGAUACCUAUUCUAGUGUUGUUAAAAAAAAAGCAUUUUAGUUUUGCAUUUUUAUUAGACUUGCAAAUGUUCUAUGAAUAAACAUUGGUGCCUAUUUGAAUUGGAUAUGGGGAUUCCAUGAUAGCUUUUCAUCCAUUAUAACUUUUUCAAUAUCUAAGGAAUUGUUUUAGUCUAUAUUAUUGGCUUAAUGUGACUGCUGGAGUUGGGCUCAUUUGUAUUCAUUUUUGGCUACUUUUUAUAAAUGUUUUUUUUUUUUUAGUAAAACAAAACAUUAGAUCUCUUUUUGUCUGGAACAUAGUUUUUAAAAAAUAUUUCAGUCUCAAUAAGAGGAUGCUUAUCGUCCAACUAUGAAUUCAAAGUUUAAAAACAUUGAAAGUAUUUACGAAAUGUUUGUACCUGACUUGAAACAAAAAAAAAAAGAAAAAGCUUAUCUAAGGGAAAGAAAUCCACACUUAUAGCUGUAUAUCUUAAUAAUGUAGAAGUUAUUUCCCUUUUUAAUAUCAAACAUCAAUUAAUUCACUAAUUGGUAAUGUUUUAAAUUGAUUCAUGCUUUGUUAGGAACAAUAAAUAAUUUUCUAAAGUUUCAACUUGAUCCAAGAAUGGAUGUGGGAUCUUACAGUAUUGAUAUAUAUAGCUGUAAAUGUGUAGUUCUUUCCCUUAAAUAUUUUUGCUUUGUUGUGAUUGCUAUUCCCUUUCCAUUAAAAGCAUUGUAGUGUUAUAUAUUAUAAUUGAUAUACUUUAUUAUUAAGAUUCAAUGUUUUCUAUAAAAUGGUGCAUACACUUAUCAGUAAAAUUUAUUUAAGUCAGAGAAGGGGUAAAGGGGGCGCCAGGCACCAUCGGUUUGUCACUGAUUUAAUUUAACAGGAAUGUAGAGAAUUCGGUCAUUAGGUACUUGCGGUGCUUGUAUGCAACAAAAGACAGGCUAAGCUCACACAGAACCAAAGGUUUAAAUUUGAUUUAUGACAUUGACAUGUGUUAUGGAAUUUAUGUGCGUGUUUAUUAUGUAACCAUGAGAAAAGAAGAGCAGAUGGUUUUGGUUGUGUAGGCUGACUGGAUUCUGAUGAAAUCACAAGGUGGUAUGUCAUAAUUGAAGUCAAUAUGAACUGGUGUGAUAGUUGGAGGAGAGAUCAGCAAGAGAUGUGAGACAGACAAGACGUUAUAUCUUGUUUUAAAUUAUUUCAUUUGUCUUUCUACAUAUAUCUACUUUCAAGUUGAGUCUGCUUAUAUUUAUAAAUAAAUGUUAUAUUCAGUUUUGUUUUAAAGGAAGCUUGUUCAUGUCUAUGUCAAGUUCUACGCUGAAAGUUUAAUAUGCCUUUAUCUGUUUUAUUAUACUAACUAUUAAGAGCUACAAACCAAUAACCAUCACAUGUUGUCACAUUCUUCUACAAAAAUCAACACACUAACUGAUAGUGGACUUUGAGCGCUGCAAACCAGUGCAACAAUGCACCAAUCUUCAAUGUUUUACUGAACUAUUCAAGCUAAUGUUGAAAUCAUUGCCCACAUGUUAUAUUGUAAAACAAUUGGAGGCAUAAUAAGCUGCUUGGAUUCCAAACCGAGGGGUUUCCAUUUGAAUUAUAGUAUUUGAAAUUCUGGAUUUUAAAGCGACUGAGUCCACCUAACUCUAUUGAAUGCCUAACAAACAUUGGGAAAAUAAAUGCAUUUGGUUGAUGUGCUGGCCACAUGGCACCCUUGUUAACCAUCAGCUAUAGAAUCAGAUGGGCUUUAUAUUAUCUUCCCUUUAUUUACUAAAAAGCAUUGGGCCUUAAACCAUAUUGUCAUUUCUACCACAUCUCAAAUGUCUGACACCUUAGACUCAACUAAUAGACACUCAGUCCUUAAGUCCAGUAAUAAACAUUGCUUGAAAUAUUUUUGUUGUGUUUAUAGACUACACACAGGGUGGUCUAUCAAAGAUUAGCUAUACAACAUAUGUUCUGUCCAUCCUUACUAUUAUACAUUGUGAGUAUCUAGCCAUGCAUCAAUUGCAAUUUACAACCCAAUUAUUUGUUGUUUUAUGUUACUAUUUUAUGGUCAAAUAAAUGGCUUAUUGGGAUGGUUGACUGACUGAUGCCUGUGUGUCAUAAGUAUAAAAGUUUAUGUUAUUCAUUAAGUAUUUGACUUGGCUGUUGUGAUCAGAAAAUAUUAUGUGAGAAAUGUCUGUUGUUUUGUAUGCCUCUUGUUACCUAGAACAAUACUUUACAUUUUGUUAUUACAUUUUAUUGUCACUAAUGGAAGGUCUUGCAAUGUAUACAACACUUGAGAAUGAAUUGAAACAAUAGAUAUUGACAUAUGUGUGUGUGAGAGUGUGUAUGUGUGUGUAAAGAACAUUAAAAUUCAAAACAUUUGACUCAGUGAUAAAUUAAGUGAUCUAAAUAAAACAAUGGAGGACAUUGUUCUCUUGUGAAAGUUUUGUUUGAGUUGUCCUUUUAAAAGACACCAAUCAUAGAAGAAUGUCAUAGACAUCACUGGUAGAGGAAUGUACUGAUACAUUGAAUUGUUCUUUUAUAAUUGCAAAAAAAAAAAGUUUGUAAAUAAAAAACUCUAAAAAAAUGUAUUCCAAUUUAAGACAUUGUAGCAUUAUUUAUUUUUAUUAGUCAAUUUUUUUUAAUACAUGGAUUUACUGAA